AUGCCUUCCACAGCGCAACUAUUAGUGGCGCUUGCACUUUCCUCGGGGAUUUCUGCCAAGCCAGAUCAAAAGGCUUGGGAAAUAGCCUAUUCCAACUGUCCCAUUGAGUGUGCUCCAAGCACCAACCCCACCCCUGGACAAUGGAGCGCAUACCGAGGCUUUGAGGAUCUUGCUUUUUGCAACGAGACUAUGCUGCUAGGUUUUUCACUCUACAACGAAAGUCCAUCCGUCAGCGUACAUGCUUGUCAAAUCACAACCGAUGCUCAAGAAUCUAUCAAAGUGAGCUCCAAGGUUGCAGAUACCUCAUAUUCCGACGAAGAGAUCAAGUUUGAAGUUGGCUGGUGGGGAAACGCCACUUUAAAGAUAUCGGAAGGAACCAAUCAGGCUCUGAAUGAAUUGAAGGCAUCUGUCUUGAACUCACAAAAAACUUCCUCGAAGGCUGAGUUUGCCUACUCCGAUGGAUCUCUUGCCGGGAUAUUCGUUGGGUCAGAUAUUGAGUCCUCCGACGUAUCAAUAAAUGCCUUGCAAAAUUUCAUUGAAGAUCUAAACAAAAACCCCAUACCUGGCCAAAUACUCUUCCAGUACUGUGGCAUCGACUCAGGUCGUGGAUUGGGUCUUGUUAUUGAUACUACUGGUAAUUUCACCGGUGUGAGACAGAUCAUGCGCGGCUGGGAUGAAUCAACAUGUGCUGGAGGCUUUGACGGACGCCGUAAUCUAUCGCAGUCUGUGAAGAUAAGAAAGCUACCCCAGAUUUCUUCAAGCACUUCAGCGUCCAAUGAGACCCAUCAACACAGCAGGAGACAUCACGGCAAUCACCUUAGGCACGAAUCAUUGCAUCGUCGUUCAACUUGCAAGACAACGCAGGCUAAGGGCGGAGAUACUUGCAGCGGUCUUGCAACAAAAUGCGGCAUUAGCUUGACAGAAUUCUACAACUACAACACCGAUAAGAGCCGUUGCUCUCCUUUGAUCGUUGGCUCAUACUUUUGCUGUGGUGCCGGAGAUCUUCCUGACUUGUCGCCCAAGCCCAAUGAUGAUGGCACUUGUGCAAGCUACACUAUCCAAACAGAUGAUUCAUGCUCCAAAUUGGCCGCUGCCAACGACAUCACAGCUAAAGAAAUUGAGAAAUACAAUGAAAAUACAUGGGGUUGGACUGGUUGUGGCAUACUUCAAGCAAAGCUCAAUAUUUGCCUAAGCUCUGGAGAUCCACCAAUGCCUUCGAUAUACGGGAAUGCAGUCUGCGGUCCGCAGGUUAAUGGUACCACAAGACCAACAGAUGGCACAGACCUUGCUGAUCUGAACCCGUGCCCUCUCAACGCCUGCUGUGAUGUAUGGGGUCAGUGUGGUAUCACUUCUGACUUCUGCACAAAGACCAACUCCACUACUGGCGCUCCUGGAACAGCGAAAAAUGGAACUAAUGGUUGUAUCUCAAAUUGUGGUACGGAUAUCGUUAAUAACGAUGAUGCUCCAAGUGAUUUUCUCUCAGUCGGAUACUUCGAGGCCUUUGAUCAACAGCGCGAAUGUCUGAAUAUGGACAUAACAAACUUUGACACAGGUUCUUAUUCUCAUCUUCACUUUGCCUUUGCUUCAAUCACAACCGACUACGAUAUCAAUGUCACAACCGUCCAAGGCCAGUUUGAUAAGCUCAAGACUUUGAGUGGAACCAAGCGUAUUCUUUCGUUUGGCGGUUGGUCCUUCUCAACAGAUGCCGACUCCUUCCCAAUCUUUCGCAAGGGUGUUACGGAUGCCAACCGAGAGCUUUUUGCCACAAAUGCCGCUAACUUCAUUGAGGACAAUGACCUUGACGGUAUUGACUUUGACUGGGAGUACCCCGGUGCCCCUGAUAUCCCUGGAAUUCCUGCUGGUGAUGAGGGGGAUGGUGAUCGCUAUCUGGAGUUCUUGAAGCUUGUUCGCAAGAACUUACCAGAUGAUAAGUCUCUCUCUCUUGCUGUGCCAGCAUCAUUCUGGUAUCUGAAAGGAUUCCCCAUUGCAAAUAUCUCAGACACUGUUAAUUACAUUGUGUUUAUGUCUUAUGAUCUUCAUGGCCAAUGGGAUUACGGAAAUCAGUAUCCAGACCCUGGAUGCAAGUCAGGAGCCUGUCUUCGAUCUCAUGUCAACCUGACCGAGACGACAAGUGCUUUAUCCAUGAUCACAAAGGCAGGAGUUCCGGGGUCAAAAGUCGUCGGUAUGGCUAGCUACGGUCGUUCAUUCGAGAUGGCUGAAGCAGGCUGCACUGGACCAAAUUGCAAAUAUACAGGCCCAGAUUCUGGUGCCACUCCAGGACGAUGCACCAACACGGCUGGCUACAUUGCCAACGCUGAACUCAAUGAGAUCAUUGAUACCAACGAUUCUCCUGAGAAGAGCUUCGAUAAAGGAAGUGACAGCAACAUCUUGGUAUACAAUAAAACUCAGUGGGUGACAUACAUGGACGAUACUACCAAGGAGACACAACAAUUCUGUACAGCCAAGAGAGAUGAUCUGGGAUGGGAGACUCUGAGCAGAGUAAAGAUAAACGCUAACCACUUUAGGUAA